UGCUAUUAAAAGAGCCGUGAUCCAGACGAGUACCGCGGCUGGAUGAACAGGGAGGACGGCAGGCUUCAGUCUGCUUUCCUGACCGGACAACAACACACAUUUCCACUGAAGGCUGGCUUAACUCUUUACACACACUAAGAUGGGUGUCCCAUCGGUUAUGGUGCUGCCGCUGCUGAUCGUGGUUUUCGCUGGAGUUUAUUACGUUUACAAUGAGGUCAUGCGCUUCAUGUCCAAGUCCAUGGUGCGGAACAAAGUUGUGGUGAUCACAGACGCCGUGUCCGGAAUGGGAAGUGAAUGUGCCAGACUGUUUCAUGAAGGUGGCGCGAGGCUGGUUUUGUGUGGGCCGAGCUGGGAUAAGCUUGAAUCUCUGUAUGAUUCUCUGUGCAGUGGAUCAGACCCCAGUAAAACUUUCACACCCAAGCUAGUGCUGCUGGACUUCAGCGAUAUGGAGAACAUUUCGGAUGUGAUCACAGAGAUCGGAGAGUGUUACGGCUGUGUGGAUGUGCUGAUAUGCAACAGCAGCAUGAAGGUCAAAGCACCGGUGCAGAAUCUCUCUCUGGAGAUGGACAAAACCGUCAUGGACGUCAACUACUUUGGGCCCAUAACGCUGGCCAAGGGUGUUCUUCCGUUAAUGAUCACGAGACGGAUGGGUCAGUUUGUGCUGGUCAACAGCAUCCAAGGGAAACUGGCUCUACCAUUCCGAACAUGCUAUGCCGCGUCUAAGCAUGCAGUCCAGGCGUUCUUUGACUGUCUGAGAGCAGAGGUGGAGGAGUACGGGAUCUCCGUCAGCACCAUCAGCCACACCUUCAUUAACGCAGUAGCAGAGAACGGCGCUCCCUCCCAAACACCGUCCACCAACCGCCUCUGGGCCUGUGAGUAACCCGACUGGCACUGAGUCACAGCAACG